AGAAAAUACUUGGUUGUUUCCCUUUGAAUACAAACAAACGUACAGGAAGAAAAAUGUCAACAACACAGAAACGAGUUGGAAUACUGACCGAGUUUAAUUAUGAAGAUUUAGAGUUAUGGUACCCCUACUACAGAUUGAAAGAAGAGGGACAUGAGACAUUUACAAUUGGACCUGAAAAAGGGAAGACUUACAACUCUAAACAUGGCUACCCUUGUAAAGCAGAACAGGGCAUUGAUGAUGUCAAACAUGAGGACCUUGACGCACUCAUAAUUCCAGGAGGAUUUGCUCCUGAUUAUUGGAGGAGGGACAAGCGUUUUCUCGAUUUAGUGCGCAAUGUUUAUGAGUCGGGUAAGCCAACUGCAGCAAUCUGUCAUGGGGCUUGGAUGUUUGUAUCUGCCAAGAUAAUUAAAGGAAAGAAAGCCACGUGUUUUAUAGCGUGUAAGGAUGACGUAGAAAAUGCUGGAGCAUUAUAUGAAGAUUCGCCAGUGGUGGUUGAUGGCAAUAUGAUUACAUCACGUGUUCCUCAAGACCUACCACAAUUUAUGGCUGCUAUCAUAGCUCAGCUUAAAUAACCAUUCACGGGGAUAACCCUCAUUUGAAAGUGGACCGACGAAUUUAAUAAAGACGUUUUCUGAUGGAUUCGGCAAAAUGCAUCAACUCGGUUGUUCUAUUGCAUACAAUAUAAACUUGUAAUUCCAGUUUGAAUGUAACAAAUACAAGUUAUGUCAAUUUCAGAAUAAAUAAAUAUUUUGUUAAAA